AUGUUGCUUCAGAAACUGUACGUUUGGCUCCUGUCAGUCCUGUGUGGCAUCGACGUGUGUUGGGGUUUUGUCUACGACCGGCCCAGACGCUCGGGAGAGGACGGGACUUCUGCCAGAUCAGAGUCUCGCUCUGCGUCUCAGUACGUGCCGACCUCCGGCUCCUGCAGGAACAGGUGUUUUGAGCUGGUUGAGCUGGAACCGCCAAACUGUCGCUGUGACAACCUGUGCAAGACCUACAACGGCUGCUGCUCUGACUUCGAUCAGCUCUGCCUCAGGACAGAAGGGGGUUACGAGUGCAGAAAAGAUCGGUGUGGGGAGUCUCGGAACGAACAACAUGCCUGCCACUGCUCUGAUGACUGUCUGGCCAGAGGAGACUGUUGUACCAACUACAAGGCACUGUGCAAAGGGGACACUUCAUGGUUGCAGGACGAGUGUGAGGAGAUCAAGACAUCUGAAUGUCCUGCUGGGUUUGUGCGCCCGCCACUCAUCAUGCUGUCUGUGGAUGGAUUUCGAGCUUCUUAUGUGAAGAGAGGAAACACAGUCAUCCCCAACAUUGAGAAAUUGAGAACAUGUGGAACCCAUGCUCCAUACAUGAGGCCUGUUUACCCCUCAAAAACCUUCCCCAACCUCUACUCACUGGCUACGGGUCUCUAUCCAGAGUCUCAUGGUAUCAUCGGUAACUCCAUGCAUGACCCGGUGUUUGAUGCGACCUUCACCCUGAGAAGCCGAGAGAAACUCAGUCAUCGCUGGUGGGGAGGACAGCCGAUCUGGAUCACAGCGCUCAAGCAGGGAGUGAAGGCUGCCACCUUCUUCUGGCCUGUUGUUAUUCCAUUGGAGAGGCGGAUACUGACCAUGCUGCAGUGGCUCCACCUCCCUGAAGGGGAAAGGCCCUAUGUUUACGCCAUGCACUCGGAACAACCGGACACAUAUGGACACAAAAUGGGGCCCAUGAGCAUAGAAUUGAACAACCCUCUGCGGAUGAUUGACAGGAUUGUCGGCCAACUGAUGGAUGGACUCAAACAGAUGAAACUGCACCGCUGUGUCAACAUCAUCUUGGUGGGGGAUCACGGUAUGGAAGAAGCCCACUGUGAUCGCACAGAGUUCCUCAGCAACUACAUUACCAACGUUGAUGACAUCAUCCUCAUCCCUGGGUCUCUGGGCAGAAUACGCUCAAGAUACCCCAACAACCCUAAAUAUGACCCCAAGGCUGUUGCUGCAAAUCUAACAUGUAAGAAGGCAGACCAGCACUUUAAGCCGUACUUGAAGCAGCACCUGCCUAAGAGACUGCACUACGCCAACAACCGGCGCAUUGAAGAUAUUCACCUGUUGGUGGAGAGGAAGUGGCACGUCGCCAGGAAAGUUCCUGAAGGGAAGAGGCACUGUGGCUUCUCUGGGGACCAUGGAUAUGACAAUAAGAUCAACAGCAUGCAGACUAUUUUCUUGGGGUAUGGGCCUACAUUCAAAUUCAAGACUAAAGUUCCAGCCUUUGAAAACAUUGAGCUUUAUAAUGUCAUGUGUGAUCUUCUGGGUCUGAAACCAGCCCCCAAUAAUGGAACCCAUGGCAGUCUGAACCACCUGCUGAGAAGCCCCACCUACAGGCCGACCAUGCCAGAGGAGGUUUCCAGGCCGGCAGCCUCUGGUCUUGGUCCUGCAGGAACAGAAGACCUGGGUUGCAGCUGCGAGGACAAGAACAAAGUGGAGGAGCUAAACCAGCGACUGAGGCAAGCUAUGGAUGACAGCAGGAACUUGCCGUACGGCCGACCCGCUGUACUCUUCCGUACCAAGUACUCCAUCCUCCACCACAGUGACUACAUCAGCGGCUACAGCGAGGCGCUCUCUAUGCCUCUCUGGACAUCAUACUCCGUCAGCAGACAGGUAGAAGUGUCUCCUCUGCCUGAAGCCCUGUCCAACUGUGUGAGACCUGAUACCAGAGUGCCUCCAUCUUACAGUCAGUCUUGUACCAACUACAGAGCAGACAAACAGAUCACCUACGCCUUCCUGUACCCACCACAAUUCUCCACAACCAUGGACAAAAAAUACGAUGCUGUCCUAAUCACCAACACCGUCCCCAUGUAUCCUGCAUUCAAGAGAAUAUGGAGCUACUUCCAGAGAGCGCUGGUGAAGAAAUAUGCCACUGAGAGAAACGGAGUGAAUGUGCUCAUUGGACCCAUAUUUGACUACGACUAUGAUGGUGUCAGGGACUCUGCUGAGAAAAUAAAAGAGUAUGUAAGUCGGGUGAUACCCGUCCCCACACACUUCUUUGUGGUCUUGACCAGCUGCUUAGACUUCACGCAGGCUGCAGACUCGUGUAGCGGCCCGCUCAGCAGCGCUGCCUUCAUCCUGCCACACAGAGCCAGCAACGACGAGACCUGCAACAGCUCAGAGGAGGAGUCCCGCUGGGUGGAGGACCUGAUGAAGAUGCACACGGCUCGAGUCCGAGAUGUGGAGAUUCUGACGGGCUUGGACCUGUACCGCAGAACGACCCGGAGCUACGGCGAAAUCCUCUCGCUCAAGACCUACAUGCACACCUACGAGAGCGAGAUCUGA